CCGUCCUCAGUCUGCAUUCCCUCCCUACCGACUCGAUUCGACAUUCAGUAAGAUGGUGAGUUCGCCGUCAGUGACAUCGCCGAUGUCGCAGCUGAUGAUAUUCUCAGGGCCGUGUUCGCACCAAGACGACAAAGAGGGCUUCCCGUGUUCUCAUUGAGAAAUACUACCCCCGCCUCACCCUCGACUUUCACACCAACAAGAGGAUAAUCGAUGAAGUCGCCGUCGUACCCUCAAAACGCCUACGCAACAAAAUCUCCGGCUUCACCACUCAUCUCAUGAAGCGCAUCCAAAAAGGUCCCGUCCAUGGUAUCUCCUUCAAGCUUCAGGAAGAGGAGCGUGAGAGGAAGGACAACUACGUCCCAGAGGUGUCGGCGCUCGAUACCAGUGCUACCGGUCUGGAAGUCGAUACUGAGACCAAGGAACUUCUCCAUGCGCUCAACUUUGAUAAUAUCCAAGUAUCGGUCAUCCAGCCAGCCGUUCCGGAGAGGGCCCCCAGGAGGGAGAGGAGGAACGUACCCGGUGCUGGGCGAUAGAUGUUUAUUGCUAUCCAUGUAUGCACAUGAAUCGUAUGCUGGCUUCCUUGCA